CUUGUUUUUAAAAAAUUGCUCACUCGUAAAAACCUUGUGAGGAGGCACAGCAAGCUUUCUAGUGAAAGCUGGUGACAUUAAUGCGGGGCACCGUCCCGUGGCUCAAGGGUUUCCAAGACAUAAGGACACGGCAGGCUUUUGAUCACCAUGGCUGCAGUGGAUCGUUUCUACCUUCUGUACAGAGAGAUCAGCCGUUCCUGCAGUUUUUACAUAGAGGCCCUGGCUAUAGUUGGAGCAUGGUACACAGUCAGAAAGUGUGUGUCUCUUGCGUUUGACACUUACAGCAUGUUGAGGUUGCAUUUAAUUCCAAAGCUGGGUGGCGAGAUUGAUCUUGUCAAGCGCUAUGGAAAAUGGGCUGUGGUCACAGGUAGCACAGAUGGUAUUGGGAAGGCGUAUGCUGAAGAACUGGCAAAGCGUGGUGUCAACAUCAUCUUAAUCAGCCGAAACAAGGAGAAGUUGGAGUCUGUAUCUAGAAGCAUAUCUGAAACCUAUAAAGUGGAAACAGAUUUCAUAGUAGCUGACUUCAGCAAGGGGCGUGAGCCUUACCCAGCCAUUAGGGAGGCUCUGAAAGACAGAGAAAUUGGCAUUUUGGUGAAUAAUGUAGGAAUGUUUUAUCCCUACCCGGACUAUUUUACCAACCUGUCAGAGGAUGUGCUGUGGGACAUGAUCAACAUAAAUAUUGUUUCUGCUAACAUGAUGAUGCAUAUUGUGCUGCCGCGCAUGGUAGAGAAGAUGAGAGGGGCAAUUGUGAAUGUUUCUUCUGCGUCCUGUUGUCAGCCGACACCAAUGCUGACAAUCUAUGGAGCCUCUAAAACCUACUUGGACUAUUUCAGUAGAGCACUACAUUAUGAGUAUGCCUCAAAAGGAAUUUUUGUUCAGAGUUUAACCCCAUUCGUAAUUGCCACAAAAAUGGUAGCAUGCAGCAGCACUGCAUCAAAGAGAUCUUUCUUUUUCCCUUCUGCUGAAGAAUAUGCAAGUCAUGCUGUUUCUACUCUUGGGUUAUCCACAAGGACUACUGGAUACUGGAAGCAUGCAAUAAAGUUCACAUUGGGUGAGCGCAUACCUGAAUGGAUCUGGGCAUGGUUUGCAAUGUAUUUUGGCAGAAUUAUACGCAAAGAAGCUUUAACAUGCAAAGUGAAAUAGGAAUAUCCUGACAUCCUGUGUAAUGAGUGCUAUAUUCCGAUCAGUGCUGCAAAACUGUUUAGUGAACCUUGGUGGACUUACUGUAAUUUAUCCAUACCUUGCUCAACAAGCUACCUGCAACCUUGACAUCAGAAGUUUGGAUCCUUGCUGUAUCCUUGUGUUAAAUAGUUCAGCUUUCCUCCAUGACAAAGAGCUGAUCUUGUUGAGGUUGAUUUCUGUUCUCUUCGAGGUAAUUUGGCAGGAGCAGGUAACUUGUAAACUUGACAACUUGUAAAGUUGACAGAAUUUGAGAAUUCCCCAAAUCUGUCAGAAACGGGCCCCCAAAAAUCAUUUUGUUAAAAUAAACCAAUUCCAGUCAACUGUAUUGUUUCUUUA